AAAAAAUAUGUCGGUCUGUUUUGUAGAAACUGAUCAAGACUCGGUGGCGUUGAAAGCUUUCCAGAAGAUGUCCAGUGAUAGACAAAGGUCAGAUGAUGAAAGCCCAAGUACCAGCAGUGGUAGUUCAGACGCAGAUCAGAGGGACCCACCAGCACCUGAGCCUGAGGAACAGGAAGAAAGAAAACCUUCUGCAACACAGCAGAAGAAAAAUACCAAACUCUCCAGCAAAACUACUGCUAAACUAUCUACUAGUGCUAAAAGAAUUCAGAAGGAGCUAGCCGAAAUAACUCUGGAUCCACCUCCAAAUUGCAG